AACACAAACUGUACACUUCCGCAUGUGUGCCACGAAUGAAUGACAACUUAACGGGUCAUUCUGAAGAUGACUAGCUACGGUUCAAUGCCGGACCUGAUCAGUAGUAGCGUCUCCAUGCAAGGAGUGCAAGGUGCAGCAAGGGAAGAUGGAACCAAGUACUACACAUCGGGUACAAUCUACCCAUUUUCUGCUUCCAAGCCUUUGCGUGGAACUUUCUUCAAAGAGUUGACAACAGUUCUUUCACUCAAAGAGGGCAAGAAGAUAUCCCUCUUCCUGGCUCUCAAUGUGGCUUGCACCAUGAUUCUACUUCUUUGGUGCCAUUCAACAAACAGCAUGGCACUGACAGCCUUCACAUACUUGACAAUAUUUGACAUAUUUAGCCUACUCACAUGCCUUCUGAGCUUAUGGGUCCAGUUACAGCAGCCUACAUCAGCCUACUCUUUUGGGUAUGAAAGGUUUGAGGUUGUGGCUGUGUUUGCAAGCACCAUGUUGGCCCAGCUGGGAUCAUUCUUUAUUGUCAAGGAGAGUGUGGAGUGUCUUCUACAACAGCAGGAAGUGCAUACGGGUCGAAUGUUGGUUGGCACAGUGCUGGCAUGUGUGAUCCACUUCUUGGUGACGUUUGGGGUGAACAAUCGAGCCAUGAACCACGUGGUGGCUGCGUCCAGCUCCAGCUGGCUACAGGAACACAUGACCGACAUGAGUGAGAGCCUGUGUCACAUCGUCCCUGGCCUGAGUAAGCUGUUGCUGCCACGUCUCAACCCCUUUGUCCUGAUCGCCAUGGCUGGAGCAACCUUCCUAUUCAUCACUUACAUACUCAUCGACACCAAACUGUAUUACUCUGCUGACACGUGGUCUGCAGUGUGCAUCGCGAUCAUGACGUGCGGCACUCUGUUCCCCAUGAGUGUGUACACUGGCAAGAUACUGCUACAGACCACGCCAUCUCACAUCUUGGGUCAACUAGACAAGGUCCUGAGGGAGGCGUCCACCUUGGAUGGUGUUUUGGAGUUCAGACAUGAGCACUUCUGGACCCUGUCCUUUGGGAUCCUGGCUGGGUCAGUUCAAGUCCGAGUCCGCCGGGAUGCUGACGAGCAGAUGGUGCUGGCUCAUGUCUACAACCGUCUGUCUAACCUUGUGUCAGUCCUCAACAUACAGAUCUUCAAGGAUGACUGGACACGAUCAUCAGCUUACGCCAUGAUGGGAACACCAUCAUUCAACUAUACACCCGUCCCUUCCCCCUCUGCUCCUCCCCGGCCACAGUCCCCUCCAAGUGUGGCCCCACCCUACCCCCCUCAGUCAUACAGGACUAACACAUCAGGAGGGUUCACUCCAUCAGUGCUACACGCUGGGGAAAGUGUAUCCAAGAUGUCUACCCCCACGAUGCCACCUGCAGGCCGGGGAGCCGCACAUUUCUCGUCUCUACACAUGUCAUGAUGCAAAUUCAGAGGGAUGCGUCUUACAAGGUCUUAGAUGUCAGGGGUUGGUCCGUCUGCUGUUUCAAGGGUAGAAUGUGGAAGAUCAGUGGAUGAUUUCCUCUGAACAUUUUGAAGAGGACCUCUCUUACAUGAGAAGAGCAUGAUCUGUACAAAUUUCUGUUCAUGCAGCAUAUAUCCAGCAUCUUGGAGAGGAUCUUUUUCAAGUGUCUGAUUGUGUAGAGGAUGUGUUUCUGCAGUGCAGCCUGACUGAUUCGGUGCAAUUAGUUCACAGCCCAUGUGGGGCAGGGGUUUUAAGAGAAAUAAAUUGAUUCUGGGUGAAAAUGG